AUGAGAAUGUCCUCCAUCUGUUCUAGAAUACCUUCGUCUUGGGUCCACAUUGGUUUGGUUAUGUUCCUCCUGAAAUGGUGGGACCUGUUCAAAGAUGACGCCGAAGCUCCCCUAUGUUUCGAAAGUUCUCCUGCUCUGGCUCCUCAUUCUUGGGUUAGCAAGAACUUGAGCCAUUCAUUCCCAUCUAGUGAAGUGAGAAACAGUCCAGUCAAGUGGGCUAACUGGAUUGACAGGCUUCUUCCCCGGCUUGGGGCUCACUGGAAGCGGGCUGCUCUCUGCUUCUGGAAUUUUGCCAGCAAUACCCUUGAUUUUCGUGUGGGGCCGAUGUCACCAACCCUGCUGGAUAUGGCUCAGAUCUUUGGAUUUAGGCCCCAUGGAAGACCUGUUGAUGCUAUUGGGGACUAUCAUCGAAGGAAAAACCAAGAAAAGCUGUCCAAGCCUUUCACCAUUUCUCCAGCCGUGAUCAACCAGAACUGUUCUUUCUCCAAUUAUCUGAGGAAGUUCAGUGUUGAGAAGGACAAGGAUCAGCAACACAUGUUGUUCCUCCUGUACUGGCUGAACAGCUCAUUUGUUCAAGAAUCUGCACACUGCCACCCUGGAGAAUCCUCUCAAUCUGUCUGCCCCUGGCGUGUUCUGGAUGAUCCAAUCUGGCUGCAAGUUUAUUUCCCGGAACUGAGGUUUCCGAAUAUAGUUCUCCCUGAAGACCAAAUUCUGGCCCUACCUCUAAUGUCAGCAGAAGUGCCCAAUAGAUCGAUUGACGAGUACCUGAUGUUCUUCAGACAUUGUACUAAGAGGAAGAAGUUCCUGAGGGUUACCUUGCCCAAAGAUCUGCCUCAUGGAGGAGGGAAACCUCCAAAUUACCAUUUGGGGGAAGAAGUCUAUCACCCUAAUUUCUGUGCAAGACAACUAGGCUGCCCCCAACUAUUCCGCUUAAAUCAUACAGAAGCUGCAAUAGGGUUUCUUCCUGGAGGGAUGCAGAUGACUUGGAGGUCCACAAGGAUGCCAGGUGUGCAUUCUGCCGAGUUUGACGCUUGGUUGAAGGCUAGAUUCCGUGAUCUGCCUGCUUCUAGUACUGCACUUCAUGUCCUUUUUAAUGGCUGGGACAACUGGACUGUCCAUACAGAAGAGGAGACUCAUAAAUUUAUGGUGCAGAUCAUCAAAGAUAUCAAUAUGCAAGUUAUAGAAGAUCCUUCUCUGACGAAGAACAUUGGCAGCCAAUCUGCCCAGAGUGGAGAAUCACCUCGGUUAUUGCUGCUGGGGAUCUGGAGCUGCCCUCUUGGGAUGGAGAAGAAGAAGAAGAAGAAGAAGAUCAGGCAGAACAGACUCAUGUUGAGGCCACCUCUUCUGCUAGAAGAAAGAGAAAGGAAACUGCCUAACCUGGGACUCCAGGUAUAUUUUGACAUUGGAAGUCCCUCUCCUCCCCCUACUAAGUCAAAAAGACUUAGAAAGAGGAUUGUAGAGGAGUAUAUGGCCUCGGAGGGAACUGGGGCAGAUGAUGAGCUGAGAGAGGCUUUUGAAGCUGUGGAGCAAGAGAAAGAGCUGGAAGAGCUGGACGAAGUAAGAGAGGGGCCUGAGGAGAAGGAAAUCCCUGCCGAGGUCAUAGCAGAGAGCAUUGCCUUCGCUCAUAAGCAACAUGAGAAACAUGAGGAUAUAGGGGCAGGGCUGACUAGUUCAGAGUUGGCCCUGUUUGAGGAUCCAUGGGCAAAACAUUCUACUGCUGUUCCAGCAGCUGAGGAACAAACGGAGCAAUCUGCAUCCGAGCCUGUGAAGCAGGCAGAACUACCUGCUGCCCCUGAACUAAUGUCCUUCCAGGUAGAACUGCCCAGGUCUGCUGGCGUUCUGGCAGUGAUGACCAGUCCCUUGAAGCCUCCAAUUGUUGCUAUGCCUAUUCAUUCCCUUCCAGGUUCAUCUGCUAUGGCCUCCUUUGCUGAUCCAGAACUGGCAGAGUUUGAAACCAUGGAUUUAGAUGCACAACUAGAUAGAUUGGAGAUGCUUAGCUCUCCUGUAGGCAAGGCAAAAUCCAAGGCAGUGGAGGAGGCUAUAGAGAGGCUGAAGAUCUGGCAGUUUACUGAACUGGAGCUGGAUGAGGAUAAGGAAGCUAUUGACCAGCUGAUGAAGGAUCUGGACCUGCUGCACAGAUAG